GCGGCAGAGAUAAGACGGAGCGGAGCCUUCACACUCACCCAGCCGGAGGAGGUGACAGCAGGACUGCAGGACACCAGCUAUUCAUUCCAGGGAUCUGCAGACGCCAGGCUCUAGACAUCAUGUAUGCCAAUGGAAAGGUGGCACUGGUCACUGGGGCUGCCCAGGGGAUUGGCAGAGCUAUGGUGGAGGAACUUUUGAACAAGGGAGCUGCGCUUGCAAUGGUGGACCAAAAUCGAAUAGCUGGUGAGCAGUGUAAGGCCUUCCUUGAUGAGAAGUUUGGAAGUAACAGGACGUUGUUCAUCCAGUGUGAUGUCACAGACCAAGAACAGCUGAGAGAUGCAUUUCAAAGGACAGUGAAACAUUUUGGAAGGUUAGACAUCCUGGUGAACAAUGCUGGAGUAAACAAUGAAAAAGACUGGGAGAAGACUAUUGAAGUUAACCUAAUCUCAGUUAUCAGAGGAACUUAUAUCGGCUUAGAACUUAUGAACAAAAAGAAUGGCGGUCAAGGAGGCGUUAUAAUAAACAUAUCAUCUCUGGCAGGACUUACCCCUGCCGCCUACCAGCCAGUGUACUCUGCUUCCAAGCAUGGCGUAAUUGGAUUCACAAGAUCAAUUGCGGCUAUGGCAUCUAUUGGAAACUAUGGUGUGAGGGUGAAUACAGUGUGCCCGGCAUUUGUAGACACACCACUCCUAGAAUCCAUUGAUAAAGAAGAGAAUAUGGGAGAAUAUUUCAAGUACAAGGAUAACAUAAAGGACAUGAUGAAAUUGUUUGGCAUACUUGAUCCAUCAUUAAUCGCAGAAGGACUAGUCAGACUCAUAGAAGAUGAAACCGCAAAUGGUGCAGUAAUGAAAAUCACAACAUCCCGGGGAAUUCAUUUUGAAGAAUUCAGUGCCCAGCAGCGGACCAAAGUGUGAAUCUGCAAUGAGAAGAUUGUUCAUUGUUGAAUUAUAGCUUAAGUACAUAUUCCUUUUUUAUAUUUAAAACAUGUAUAGUAAAAUAGGAACAAGAGCAACAGAAUAAUGACUUUAAAAUUAAAAUGAUGCAGCUAAAUCACUGACUUUUCCACAAACUUUGCAUUAAUUAAUAGUACAGUGUGUACAUGAGAAUAACUCUUCUACUAUCUAGUUUGCAGAUAUCAGACAUGGUGGCAACUAUCUCACAGUCACUCAGGAGCAGCUCCAGGAUAAUGGAGGACAUUACAGAACAGUCAUGUGCUGAGCUAUGAGCUUCCUAUGUAGCAGUGCAGUCACUCUUUGUGUGUCUCCUCAGCUUAUGGUCACUCCACUCUCCAUAGACUUGCAUUGACAUGUAUAAUAUGAUCCUCCAAUGGAGAUGAUCCAUCCUGGACAAUUAGUGGGGUAGAAGGGGGGUGGGGGUUCUGUUGACUGCUGAAAACAGAAGAAUUAGACAUUUCUCACCGAUAAAGCAUAUUAGAAAGUUUCCUGUGGUCUCUUUUACUAUUGAUUUAUGCAAAGUUCUGUAAAAAGUUAGUGGACAUUUAAAGUAGAUUACAUUAAAGUAAAUGUUCACCUUUAAACACCACCAGACCAGUUCUGUGUCAUCUUUUUAACAUAUCUUUUUAGCAGUCAGAACUUUUCAGAUACACAUCUCCAAAUUUCCAGUGCUGAUAAAGAUGUAAAGAUAUAAAUCUGUCUGCAUGCAGUCAACACUUGGGACCUUACUACACACUGGCCCCAUUUACUAUAAUAAUUAUUCCACUUUUUUGGAAUUGUCCGCUCCAAAAUUCUGAUGCACCUAAAUUUAAACACAUUUAUUAUUCAAGCAUCCGAUGCAAACAAUUUGCAAACAGCUGAAUAUGUGUGACACAAUGCAAAGAAUCACCAAAAAAUAAAAAACACACAUAUCAUAUAAUGACAUUUUAUUGGUAGAAAUACACACAAUACAAAUUAGACGACAUCAAAUAAAAUGUAGCAGCAAAUACAUAAAGUGCCAUGACAAGAGAAGACUCCCAUACAGGAAACCUGGUUAGAUAUAAUGACUCUGUUAUGGAUGUGAAUAUACAAACAAGCCAACCUUGGCGAUAAUAUUUCAUCCACCAAACACACAUGGGCAAUGCAUUGAUUAUUCAGAUGCACCAAAAAUAAUGAUUUUUUUCCCCCCAAACCCUAGACAUUUCCAGGUUUCAAAAUAGAACGGAAUGGUCUAACUUUAGAUACAUUUAAUAAGCUGAAUUCAAUGAUUCUGGUGCAUAAAAGUGAUGUAGAGUAGACCAAUUAAGAGUGGAGCUUUUGAUGGAAAGAAUUUUGCCACAUUUAGGAUGGAAUGUGGGCACACAGAAAUCAUUUUUUGCAUUGGCACAGAUUUUCAAGGCACGUUGUGACGUUGACACAUUUUUUGCACAAACUAAGCCAACUAUAGGUGUAUACACUAAACAGUCUAAAGAUACACUAGUUUUAUCAACCACAUUUUCAGACUGUCACAGGAUUAGUAAAUGUGGGCCACUGUUUUAUUAGUUUACUUUCACAUCUACGUUUUUCCUUUCCUUCAUUGAGAUCCAGCACCGGAUCUCAAUACCGGAGGAAAGUGCAUCCAUUUUGUCCCAAUUCAUUGUCAAUAGAGCAAAACUGAACGGAAAAGAGUGCACCAGAAUGCAUUCCGUUUGGUUGCGUUCCCAAACCGAACAGAAAACCGUUGUAAUCCGGCAUGGGAUGCGGAGCAAGCAACAUUGAUCCAACAUGACACACAAUGUAAGUCAAUGGUGCCGUCCGAUUUCUCGGACACAAUAGAAAACGUAUCCUGCACCCAUUGACUUAAAAUGGUUUUAAUGCCGGAUCCGUCAUGGCUAUUUUAAAGAUAAUACUACCAGAUCCAUUCAGAACUGAUUCUGCCGGUUGUAUUAUCUAGACGGAAGCAUUUUUGCUGGUCCAUGCCGAAUCCAGCAAAAAUGCAUAUGUGAAAGUGGCCUUAUUGAUUUCAAUGUAUAGCGGAUGCAGUCAGCUCCAAAGCUCUAUGUGGAGAUAACUGCAGACAGAAUUUUAAUAUUUAACUCUAUGCCUAUGCAGGGGAUUUGGAGCACUGUAUCAGAAAAACUCUGCUUUCAUUGCAAUAUUUCAUUCUGAAAUUAAGUGUGAACAUUUACUUUACAAAAGAUCAUUAUUUUGCUGUAACUCAGGUGAACUGUCCAGUUUAUGUAAGGUCAAAUGCAUUGACAGAUAUGACAUAUCAUGGCAGUUCGCUAAUAGGGCCUAUGAGUGCUCUAUAGGAUGUACAUAAUGAUAAGUAGAUAGAAGGCUCCUAAAAUCUACCUUAAAAAACAAUGGGGCUCACUUACUAAGGACUGGUCUUUCAGCAGUAUUAGCAAAAAGACCACCAAAGUAAAAAUGUGGCCAAUUUAUUGAGGCACCCGCUGUCUGAGCACCAGAAACGGAAGUCUACACUGAUUAGGAGCUGGAGUAGAUUUCAGGGAUAAGUUACACCAGUUUUCUGGUGUAAAUGAGUCUAAAUGCUCCUGGCAGUAGUGGCCCUGCUCCUUCCACUAAGGUCCACUUUAAGAUAAAAGUGGCAAGAGCAGUGGAGAAACGUGAAAAAGUCUAAAUAUAUAUUUUUUCCAUAUAAUGUCACUUGGGCAAAAAUUUGUGACUUUUGUCCAGCAGAAAACUGGCUUACUAGUUUUAUAAAUGAGCCCCAAUGUCCAUGGAAAUGAAGUUUAUUAUUAAGCACAGACUGACGCAAUAAGAAUGUGUAUUUUACAUUGUUUUUAAUUAAAUGGAGACUUAUUGAAAGCAUAUGUAUAGCGCAGAAGAGUAAAUCUUGUACUAUAAAUCAACUAUCUACAGCUUUUUCUGUUUGGACCAAAAUUAAAUCUUUGCCUUUAAUUUAACUGUGCCGAUCACUGAAGAAAAUUAAAGUGUGACAAAUAUA